AAUCAAAUUCAGCCCAAAUGAACUCCAAAUGAAAUCCAUUUCCUCAGCCCCGCUUAUCGUCCCAGGCUGCCUUGCAUAACAAACGGUCUCUCUCUCUCUCUCUCUCUCUCUCUCUCUCUACCUUGAAAACCGCCCAAAAAACCCUAACCGGCCCUCGGCCCCGGUUUUCCGUCUCCGAAAACUAACGUAGAUAGCUAUCCGAUUCCCGCCACAUUGAAUUUCCGUCCUGCAACCUUUCCCGGCGCAUCAAGACCACCCAACAUAACUCCCAAACCCUAAACCCCCUUUCGCUACCGAUACUGGUUUUUCCGUACAUCCAUGGAAUAAAGAAAUACCGCUACCCAGCCAUGAAUCUCUGGAACGAUGACAGCGCAUCGAUGAUGAUGGAGGCCUUCAUGGCCCCUGAUAUCUCACCCUUCCCUCUCUGGGCCCCAUCAUCAGCACCAACGGCCCCGAUCGCUCCUUCGGCAGCCCCCGAGCCAUCCAGAGCAUCGACGUCCCUCCUCAAUCAAGACACCCUCCAGCAGCGCCUCCAAACCCUAAUCGACAGCGCCCGCGAGAGCUGGACCUACGCCAUCUUCUGGCAAUCGUCCGUCGACGUGUCCGGCGCGUCGCUCCUGGGCUGGGGCGAUGGAUACUACAAGGGCGAGGAGGACAAGCGCAGACGGAGGGCGGCGGGGUCCGCCACGGACCAGGAGCACCGCAGGCGGGUCCUGCGCGAGCUGAAUUCCCUCAUAUCUGGCACUGCCGACAAUGGCGUCGAUGAAGAUGUGACAGACACCGAGUGGUUCUUCCUCGUCUCGAUGACGCAGAUGUUCGUCAAUGGCAGCGGGAUGCCCGGGCAGGCCUUCUUCUCAGCUAUCCCAUCCUGGGUCGUGGGCCCCGACCGGCUCGCCAGCUUGCCCUGCGAACGCGCGAAGCAGGCGCAGGUGUUCGGGCUCCAGACCCUGGUUUGCAUCCCGUCGUCCAGCGGUGUGGUUGAGCUCGGGUCAACAGAGCUGAUCUUCCAGAAUUCGGAUCUUAUGAACAAGGUUAGGGUUUUAUUCAAUUUCAGUAACACUGAGGUGGGGGCUUGGCAAUUGCAACAGCAGACCAAUCAGGAGGAGAAUGAUCCGUCUGCUCUCUGGAUUUCGGAUCCAUCCCCCAUCGGAAACAAGGAAUCUGUUAUCGUUGAAGUUUCAAAACCUAUCCAAUUGGAAAACCCUAGCUCCAGUAGCUUGACCGAAAACCCUAGCUCCAUAGAAAUGCCGCUGCCACAGCAGCAAAAUCACCAGUCAAGGAGCUUUCUCAGCAGAGAAAUGAAUUUCUCUGAAUUUGGAUUUGAAAGGGCUGUUGCGGAUGGUGAUGGUACUUCCUUGCAACCGUGCAAGCGGGAAUCCAUGGAGAUACUGAAUUUAGGGGAUAACAAGGGGAGUUCAAAUGGAAUUCUAUUCCCACAUCAUCAGCAGAUCGUAAUAGAGGAGAACGAGAAGAAAUCAGCCCCUUUGAGGGGCAGCAACAAUGAAGGAAUGCUCUCAUUCACAUCUACACCGGUCUUGCCUGAUUCUGGCAUUGUAAAGUCCAGUGGCGGCGGCAGUGGCGGUGGAGACUCUGAUCGCUCAGACCUUGAAGCUUCUGUUCGAGAAGCCGAGAGCAGCCGUGCCAUUGCCACUGCUGACAUGGAGAAGCGCCCGCGGAAGCGUGGGCGGAAACCUGCAAAUGGUCGUGAGGAGCCUCUCAACCAUGUUGAGGCUGAGAGGCAGCGGCGUGAGAAACUCAACCAGAGGUUCUAUGCCCUCCGUGCUGUUGUCCCGAAUGUCUCCAAGAUGGACAAGGCAUCCCUCCUCGGGGAUGCUAUCUCCUACAUCAACGAGCUGAAGUCAAAGUUGCAGACGCUCGAGUUGGAUAAAGAAGGACUGCAAACCCAAAUCGACACCCUGAAGAAGGAACAUGGAAAUGGAGAACUGCGGUGCAGCGGACCACCAUCGCUAUCAGAUAAAGAUGUUGGGACGCCUAAUUCAUCGGGUAAGUUGACAGGGGUCGAUAUUGAUGUGAAGGUUAUGGGGUGGGAAGCAAUGAUUCGUAUUCAAUGCUAUAAGAAGAACCAUCCGGCUGCACGGCUGAUGGUGGCACUCAAGGAGCUCGACCUUGAAGUGUAUUAUGCAAGUGUGUCCAUUGUGAAGGAUCUGAUGAUCCAACAAGCAACAGUCAAGAUGUCUAGCCGGAUUUACACUCAGGAGCAGCUCAGUGCAGGACUCCUCGCCAAACUUGCCGAGCCUCCGAGCAGUAGAUAGAGAAAUUGGUGUGGCAUAAGAUGCUGGGAAAUUUUAGACCUGGUGGGUUCUGUAUGUAAAUAUACACAUGGCUCGUUCCUUUAGCAGUUUCAGUAAGUUAUUCCACACGGAUUGGUAAUUUCAGAGCUUCUAUUCAUGAUGAGGUGACUCAAACUCACGAGGUGUGCUUUAAGUUCAAUUGUACCCUUCUUUUUCGUGUUCUUUCUUUUUGUCGAUGUAUAUAUGCAUACGGUAAUUGUCAUCUGAAUCAGUUAAAAGACUGUGAGGAUUAUUUGUAGGCCUGUAAUUGAUGUUGGUUUCUUUAGAUAUCAAAGCUGGAAUCUCCAAUGACCACUUUCCUUCUA